UUCCAUGCUGAACAACAGUAGUUGUUAGCAUUUAAGGCUAAAUUGCAUGUGGUAGCUGAAGGCUAACGACAGCUACACAGGGACUCUACGCCACGUCCAUGGAGACAGUAACAAAAAUGUUUUAAGUAAAUAUGAAUGACAUAAGUUGGACUCUGUGAAAAUAUUAAGUCCAGAAAUUUAACAGCUCUUACUAGUAUGAUUUAGUCAUGGGUUAACUGUCCCCGGCGAAGCGCCGUUAUGCUAACACAUGCUAACCGCUGUCAGUCACACAGGAGACAGUCGCCCGUACAAGAGGGUCCGAUUGGGGCCAUGCCAACUUAUUCUUCACCUGUUUCUUAAGGCAAUGCAAACAGACAAAAUUCAGCGUAUAUUGAGGGUUUUGAGAGAAUAAAAGCAGGAGAAAAGUCGGUCGAGACACGCUUACCAGGUGCUCCUGAGCUGUCAAGGCUUCCGCCAUCUUGAAGCCUCAGCAACUUCGUAACGGGCGCGCCCACCAGCUGCUCGCUCACGCCCUAGUGCUCCAGACAGGCCCAGCAAAAUAAUAUACUUUAUAAUAAUAAUAAUAUUAUAAUAAUAUGCCUCCAUACUUUUAAAUGUGUAUAACCAUAUAUGUGUCUUUAAAUCAUACGACGACAAUACGCACUUGUCUUGAGAUUCGACCGUGUCUGUCAGUAAUUGUUAUUUUUUGGUUAAUAUAAUUAAUUAAUGUAUUUUUUAUCAGGAUACGUCGUUUUACGUUAUUUGUGUUUUCUACGACUGAAUAUAGCAAAUAUUGUAUUUUUAGCCACCUGGAACACAUGAAACGUUUGCGUUAUUUUCCAUCGGACUGUUUUCUGUGAAGCACCGUCAGCCAUUGUGGCGGAAUUUUUGAUUUUCAAACUAAAUAUAUACUCUCUCGCCAAACAAUCGAUUAACUGUUAAUUGUUCUACCAGCUUAAUUGUUUUAAGAGAUCGUGGUAAAAUUAUCUUGGUUUAUCAUCCCUCGGCAAAAUCCAAACAGAUGUCAUGUUAGGUAACGACAACCUCUCAAGACGCUUGUUAAAAUCUGCAUAUUUACAACAUGAGUGGCCCCUGUCAUCCUUUGAAAAGGAAAAGUUACAUGGGGCAGCACCAAAUCAAGAAGAAAAAAUGCAACGAGCCAACAGACAACUUGUUAAAAAAGACAGACACGCCAGGAACCCCAAGCAGAGGCAGCACAAAGGGGGUUGCACUACAAGAAUCCACACUGACUCUUGAUGAAGAGAUACUGCAGAUAAUGGAAGUGAUUGACCCUGGAUUGAAUCCUGCAGCAACUGGCAACAGCAUAGAUGCACAGAAGAAGCCAGUUGUUUGCCACAGACCUCACAACAUCCAGGAACACAGCAAGAGUUCUGCAAAGAGAGCCGACUGCAAAGAUCUCGCCCAACGACUUCUUUUCAGUGAGGACUCUGAGGAAUCAGAAAAGCAUGCUGGUGGCCGGAAGAACGAAAAUAAAAGAAACAAAAGCACAGAAACAAAAAACGGCCAACAAGCUGAAAUCCUACCUCGGCAGACGUUUUCAAAAAAUGGCGAUGAGAAUAUGAUUAUUCGUCCUUCUCAUAAUGUUUCAAGAGACUACAUCUUGUUUAGUCCCACACGCAUGGCUGCUGCAUUGAAGAAAUCCAAACUGCAGCAAUCACUUCAGAAUCAGUCUGCCUCUUUGCUUACUGUUCCUAGCGGCCUAGAGCUCAGCACGCUCAGUGAUACUUUACCUCAGAAAGGCAUAGCUUUGCGCGCUCCCAACGACCAAGACGACAAGCUUUUAUUAUCCAACUGGGGCUUACCCACUCCAGUCUUGGCAUGCUACCACAAACACAAAGUGACUCACAUGUUCGACUGGCAGGCUCAGUGCCUCACUCUUGGCCAGGUUCUGCAGGGAAGUAACCUGGUCUACUCUGCUCCAACUAGUGCUGGAAAGACUUUGGUGUCUGAGCUGCUGAUGCUGAAACGCACCCUUGAGACUAAAAGAAAAGCUCUCUUCAUUUUGCCAUUUGUUUCUGUGGCGAAAGAGAAGAUGCACUACCUUCAGACCGUAUUUGAAGAGGCUGGAGUGCGCGUCGGUGGCUUCAUGGGAAGCACAUCAGCAGUUGGAGGUUUUGCAGCGGUGGAUGUGGCUGUUUGCACCAUAGAGAAAGCAAACUCUCUCAUUAACAGGCUAAUAGAGGAGAACAACAUGCAUUUACUCGGUAUGGUUGUGGUGGAUGAGUUGCACAUGGUUGGCGAUUCCGGAAGAGGGUAUCUACUGGAACUCCUCUUGACCAAAAUUCGCUAUGUCACGCAGAAACACAACAUCUCUGGAUCCCACUCUGAGGGGGUACAGAUAGUAGGUAUGAGUGCCACCUUGCCCAACCUCUCCCUCCUGGCCGACUGGUUAGGGGCAGAGCUUUACCAGACUGAUUACAGACCCGUACCCUUGCAGGAGCAUCUUAAGGUGGGUUGCAACAUCCUUGACAAGAACCUCGCUGUGGUCCAACAGUUUACUCCGGCACUCCAGAUUAAGGGGGAUGACGAGCAUAUAGUCAGCUUGUGUUAUGAGACGGUGCGGGACGGCCACUCUGUGUUGAUCUUCUGUCCUGCCAAGAACUGGUGUGAGAAACUAGCCGACGGCAUCGCCAGAGAAUUCUACAACCUCAAACAUACUAGACGUGACAGUGACUCAGAAGCCCAGCCUGUGUGCCUGGAUCAUGAGGGAUUAUUGGAUGUUUUAGCCCAGUUGAGUCGGACUCCAGCUGGGUUGGAUCCCAUCCUGAAACGCACUGUCCCAUGGGGUGUGGGCUUCCACCAUGCUGGUCUCACCUUUGAUGAACGUGACAUCUUGGAGGGAGCCUUUCGUCAGGGCCUGGUCAAAGUAUUGGCUGCCACGUCGACCCUCUCAUCAGGAGUCAAUCUCCCCGCUCGUAGGGUCAUUAUUAGAACUCCGACAUUCAAUGGACACCUGCUGGAUACACUCACCUACAAACAGAUGGCUGGACGAGCAGGAAGGAAAGGAGUGGACACAACUGGUGAGAGUGUGCUAGUGUGUAAGGAGACAGAACGUCAGAAAGGUAUUACUCUCCUGAAAGGUGAUCUUCAGCCAGUCAGGAGUUGCUUAGUGAGAAGGGAGGGAGAAGGUGUUUCUACCAGCAUGCUGCGGGCCAUUCUGGAGAUCAUCGUGGGAGGUGUAGCCAGCACUCCAGCAGAUGUAAGGUUAUAUGCCUCAUGUUCACUUCUGGCUGCCAGCAUGAGAUGCAACAGUACAGAGGCGUCCAAGGAAGAGACCAACAAAGGGGCGAUUGAGGCUUGUGUUGAAUGGUUGAUGGAAAAUGAAUUCAUCAGUGUACACAAAGAUGGACAAGAGGAGCAGUACUCUCCCACCCAGCUCGGUGCUGCCACUAUGUCGUCCUCCCUUUCUCCUCCUGAGGCACUGGGAAUAUUUGCAGACCUCCAGCGGGCUAUGAAGGGCUUUGUGCUGGAAAAUGACCUGCAUGUUAUCUAUCUGAUUACACCAUUAUAUGCAGAGUGGACUGCCAUUGAUUGGUAUCAGUUCUUCUGUCUUUGGGAGCAGCUGCCCUCAUCCAUGAAGAGAGUCGCUGAGCUGGUGGGCAUCGAGGAGGGAUUCCUGGCUCGCUCAGUCAGCGGUAAACUGGUGGUCAAGACGGAAAAGCAGCGUAGACAAAUGGCCAUUCAUAAACGGUUCUUCACCACUCUUGUUCUACAGGAUCUGGUGAACGAGGUGCCUUUGGGAACAGUGGCGUCAAAAUACAACUGCAACCGUGGGCAGUUGCAGUCUCUCCAGCAAUCUGCUGCUACUUAUGCAGGUAUGGUGACAGUGUUCUGCAAACGUCUGGGCUGGAGCAACAUGGAGCUUCUCCUGUCCCAGUACCAGACCAGACUGAGUUUCGGUGUCCAACGCGAGCUGGUGGAUCUGGUGAGGGUCUCCCUCCUCAGCGCGACACAGGCCCGAGCACUCUAUGCACAAGGUCUGUGCACUGUUGCCGAACUAGCCAGAGCUUCAGUCGCAGAAGUGGAGAAAGCCCUGAGGAAUGUUGUCCCAUUUAAGAGUUCCAAGCGUGCGGUGGAUGAGAGCGAGGUGGAAGCCGCAGAGCGUCGGAACCUCCGCUGUGUGUGGGUCAGCGGCGGGCAGGCCCUGACAGAGCAGGAAGCGGCUGUUGCGAUCGUGUCCGAGGCAAAACUACUGCUUCAGGGAGACCUGGCACUGCUGGGCAUUCAAUGGAACCCGUCAAUGGUCCCUCCUUGUCCUCCUGCUGUCCGUAGUUCACAACAAGGCAGAGAUGGAGGUGUAGGUCAGAGAAACGGUACUGUGGGUGCUGAGGGUAUUUCACAGAGCAGUAGAGAGGAAAAUGAACACAUGAAACAAGGAGAACACGGAAAAGAGUAUGUGACACUUGAGGCCAAACUGGAGGAGCAUAGAGAGGAAGAUUUGAGUGCAAGGGACAAGUCGGGCAUUGACAUUUUAAUGCAACAGAAGGAAAAUAAUGAACAGAGAAGGGAAACAAAAACUGAAGAGAGCAGGGAAAAAAAUAGAGCGCCCGAAGGAGGCACAAGUCAGUUUUCAGUCAGAAAGAAGGAAGCACAUGAGCCUUUUGUUCCUGUAAGGAGCAUGACACAAGAAUUGGAUGACAUUGUCCCCAGCCUGGCGCCUCAACCCCAACAACCACCUGAACCAGAUCUCCCCUCCAUGCCUCUUCCUCGGUUUAGAGCCCCGGUUUCCAGGUUGGAAGAACACCACAGUGUUGAUGCAAAGUCACCAGAAGUUGGGAGUACUUCAGAUCUUGGUGUCUCUCCUGUGCAGCCAGGAAAACUGAAGCAUUCACAGAUCCUAAACAAAGUUCUCCAGUCCAUACAAACAGACAGGCCACAUGACCCUAUUGAGGUAGAUCCUCUUCCCGUCCAAGAAAGUCUCCCGCUGGAGAAAAACGCAGACUCCGGUACUGCCUCAGACCCAUUAUUGUCACCUGAAGCCAAGCGAAGGAGAGUGCGAGGCACAGAAGUGGACAUGUUUUCAUCUCCUGACCUUUACGCAGGAGAUGAAGUGCAGCAGGAUGCCAAACCGCAGGAACAGACAUUUGGUGACAGCUUUGAAUUGGACACGCAAACUGAAAGAAUAAUUGUCCAGCCGGGUUUAGUACUCAGUGACGAUAAAAGACUUCAGCAGGAUUUAAACGAAGCAGGUCAUGUACACGAUGAGGAAAUGAUAGAAGCAGUUGUGGAGCAGAAGGACAAUGAUGAGGGUAGAAGCGGACUUCAAGCCCAGGACAAUGCAUGCCCCCGGUUCAAUAUUUCUCUGACAGUCAGUCAACUGGAUCUCAUCCUGGACACCACUGGCCUGAAUUCUCCUGUUGAUGCUGACAAUUAUGCAGAUCAGAGUAACAAUGAACCGGCUAAUGCGGCUCAAGAGAAUCCAAACCGAAGCAGCAGCUUCUUGUUUGACAGCCUGUAUGAGAUCUCUCUGAGCCCACAACAAGCUGACCUGGACCAAUCCGACAACAAAGAGACAGGAUGCGAACAACCCUUGUUGUCUACACAAGAGCAACGCCGCAAUGAGCUCCUUGUCAACCUGCAAGCAGAGAAGCACGAAGCCAUCCAGUGGGGAGAAUCCUCUUUCAACCUGUCGGAGUGGGGUGACUCUCUACUGGUGGGCGAGCACUUUUUAGAGAGGCAAGCGGGCGGUCAUCUGGAAGGUCAUGUUCUUCCUGAACAGCAGCCAUCACCUGCACAAGCUGGUCCACAAAGCGAUGCUGAAAUUGGGGUUUCACAAAAGGACAAUGGAACCACGCCUGUACCAGAAGUCAUUAUUGCACCUGAGAGCAGUUUUUAUUGCAGUCCAGGUCUGCAGGAGAUCUUUGACCGCUGGCCUAGUAUGUCUGAUCAGCCUGUGCAAAACAGCACAUUGGGCCACAGAGGCAAUAAUGACCACACUGUUCAUUCUCAACCACCUACGCAGGUAGCAAUCCCUCAUGACCCUGAGAGGCACUCAAAGUCACCAUCAAGAGAGGUAACUGAGACUGUACCAGAGAGGCCAGAGUCUGCCGGGGACCUAAUACCACCCACUCAGGAGACGCCACCCGUGACACCCAGAAUAAAACUAACUACUACCUCUAUUCAGUCGCCUCUCGCCAUCCCUCCGCUCAAGCAGUCAACUCCCUCAGGUCCUCAGCCUGGGAAAACAUCCCAGUGUCCCAGUAAUGAUCAACCAGGAGCUUCAAAAAGAGAUCAAAAAUCCAAACCAGAACCUCUUCCGCCUGAGAAUACCACACAACCGCAGCCUCCCUGCGAGAAGACACCUCCAGACUCCUACCACGGUUUCUCUCUCCAGCUCUCCCAAGAUGCAUCACUUUCCUCUAGCAAUUCCAAAAGCGCCUUCUCCAUCAUCGAUGUGUGCAGUGACAGGCGGCUUUUCCACACCUUUGUCGAGGAGUGGAAAACUAAAGAGCGAUACUCUUUAGCUAUAGCCUGGGAGAAGCAGCACCAGCAGGUGUCAGAAGGGGAAAUCGGAGGCAAACAUAAGAAAGUUCACCCGAAGCUACAUGGUGCUGAUGGUUUCCCAAUAAGAGGCAGUGAUGGAUCAGUGCUGAUUGGAUUGUCUGUCUGCUGGGGAGCGAGAGAUGCUUACUACAUAUCCUUUCAGCGAGAGCAGACCCAGGGUUUGAGUUUGAGUCUCGCCCCUCCUGCCCUGGAUGAGAGUUUGUCUGUAGGUGAGAGGCUGGAACACGUGAAGGCCCGUCUCAGUGGGCCAUCAGCUAAAGGGAGUGUAGUGGUUACGUAUGACAUCAUCCAGGUGUACAAGAUGCUGGUGUUGAGCUGCGACGUCAGCUUGGAGGAAAACUGUGAAGACCCCAAGGUGGCGUGCUGGCUGCUGGACCCUGGAAGCGAGGAGAGGACUCUGCCAAACAUGGUGACCGUUUAUUGUCCGGAAGCACUCCCUUUGUUGGACGGGCUUGGCAACGCACACACAUACUGUCCUCGCGUGAGGGCAGCCACCACAAGCGUGCUCGUGUACGCCGUCACGGACCAGCUUGGCAUUCUACUAGAGAAAGACGGCAUGCUGGACUCCUUCAGGAGGGUGGAGAUGCCCUGCCAAGUGUGUCUGGCUCUGCUGGAACUCAACGGACUGGGAUUCAGUGUGGAAGAGUGUGAAAGACAAAAACACGUGAUGCAAGCCAAACUGGAGGAGUUGGAACGCCAAGCCUACGAGCUGGCGGGGCACAGCUUCUCCCUCACCUGCAUUGACGACAUAGCACAGGUUUUGUUCUUGGAGCUCCACCUUCCUCCAAACGGUGACGUGACGGCGCCCAAAAGCAAGAAGACCCUGGGCUACACCCGCCGAGGGGGUGGCAGAGUUCGGCUUGGAAAGCGGUUCAGCACCACUAAGGAUGUUCUGGAGAAGCUCCGCCCUUUGCAUCCGCUCCCAGGUGUGAUCCUGGAGUGGCGGAGGAUCACCAACGCUUUGACUAAAGUGGUGUUCCCGCUGCAGAGGGAGAAGCAGUACCAUGCUACACUGGACAUGGACAGAAUCUACCCUAUAGCACAGACACACACGGCUACAGGUCGUGUGAGCUUCACGGAGCCCAACAUACAGAAUGUGCCCAAAGACUUUGACAUUUACAUGCCGACAGUGGUCGGUGAGAGCCCGCCUUCACAGGUCGGCUACUAUAGAAGCAAAGACAGUAAGAAGAGACGCUCCGUGGCUCCGUCUGUUCCCAGUGAGACUGCCAGUGAAGGCCCGUCUUUCUCUGUCAGCAUGAGACACGCUUUUGUCCCCUUUGCAGGCGGUAUGAUAUUAGCGGCCGAUUACUCCCAGCUGGAGCUGAGGGUGUUGGCUCACCUGUCCAAAGAUCGUCGUCUACUGCAGGUGCUAAACGGAGGAGCCGAUGUGUUUCGCUGCAUCGCUGCCGAGUGGAAGAGCGUUGACCCAGACGCUGUCAACGACAAACUACGACAACAAGCCAAACAGAUUUGCUAUGGAAUUAUUUACGGGAUGGGAGCCAAGUCUUUAGGGGAACAAAUGGGAGUGGAGGAGAACGAUGCCGCCUGCUACAUCGAAAGCUUUAAGGCCAGAUACAAGGGGGUCAACUCUUUCCUCAGAGACACAGUGAGGAAGUGCAUCAAGGAUGGUUAUGUUCACACCCUGACAGGACGUCGCAGAUACCUUCCCGGAAUCACCAACACUAAUACUCACAUCAAAGCCCACGCCGAGCGUCAAGCAGUGAAUACAACAGUUCAGGGCUCUGCAGCAGACAUCGUUAAACUCGCCACUGUGAACAUUCAGAGGCGACUACAAAAAACAUACCCGAAGGCGCCGCUGUCUCACCGGCACACACUCUCAGCCAGUCAUCUUCAUAGAGGGACAACGUUGCGAGGAGGUUACUUUGUGCUGCAACUACAUGAUGAACUCAUCUAUGAAACCACGGAGGAGGAUCUCAUACAGGUGGCUCAGAUCGUCAAAAGGGAGAUGGAGACAGCAGUGAAACUUUACGUGAAGCUAAAAGCCAAAGUAAAAGUAGGACCCAGUUGGGGGAAUUUGCAGGACUUGGAUAUUUAAUGUACUACAUAAACACCAGCAUUUUGGGGGGAGAAAAAAAUGUAUGAUGUAUUAAGGGUGUCACAAGUAUUUUUUUAUCCAUUGUAUUUUCCUUAAUGCUAAACAUUCAUUCAUUCUCAUAGACUCAUCCUGUGUAUCAUCUCACCUCAUGAACUGAGUGUCCUGUGACACAACUCUAUUAUGUACGUAUGUGACAUUAGACAAUACAGUUCAUAUAACAAGUUAUAAUGUAUAUAUUCACACAAGCAUAUUUAAUUCCAGAACUUUUAAAUCACUGCAUAAAGAAUGAAAUUGCACUUUGUCCAAAUGAACAUAUUUAUUGAUAUACUGUGCCAAGGGUUGUUUUUUUUUAAAACUUUUACUCAUAUCUUAACAUCUGUAUUUAUGACAUUGCUUGAAUGUAAUAAACUCAUCUUGAUAACA